ACUCUCCAAACAAAUGGAAUCUAGAGAUCUGAAAAUCCUGAUGGAUCCUCGUGGAAUGAUUUCCCGCCCUCCCCCUCCUCUUUUGGCUUCAUCUUUCAUACCACAAAUUCACUCCAUCCAGAGAGGGAGUGAGCUGGUUUGAACCAACACGAGACUUGAAGAAAAGGACCUAGAAAGACAAAGACAUAGAAGAGGAGGGAAACGUGAUCUCAGUUUGAGCUGAUCCCACUGCCGCUGGACGGAGACAAAGCUUGCAGAAGCGCUGCAGAAACCUCACAGAGUAGACAUGUCCUCCACAGUGAAUCCUCUCGUCCUCUAUUCUCUGUGCCUGAUUGUGGGUUCAGUCUGGAGCCAGAGCUCCACUCAUGAUGCCUUCAUAAUCCAGUACCUGGAGAGAAGACUGCUCCAGAUGGAGGAGCGUCUGAGUCAGUGUGAGCUCAACACGCAGAGCAUCACCCAGAAGAACUACGACCUCUCCUCUGAGAUCCGGGUUUCUCUGUCCACACUCAGUCUGCUGAGAUCGGAGGUGAAGAGCCAGGUGGACGACCUUUCAAUGCGCAUGGAUCGAGUGGAGAGAGAGCUGGAGUACUUGGAGAAUAAAAUUCCAACUCCGCCAAAUAUUGAGAUGGAAGAAGCUCUGCUGGAGCAACAGAUAAAGGAUGCAAAGCUGGAGCAGCUGAAGAAGAAAGCUGGAAUCAAAGUGGAGAAUGACUGCAGGACAACUCUGAGUCAGAUCAAGUCUCUGAAGAUUGUGAAAAAGGCUGGAGACGUGUACGGCUCGUGGUUAAAGGACACCUCUAAAGGAUCCAAUAAGGUCUACCUGUUCAGUGGAAUUCGGAACAAAACAGUGCUUGAGUUUCCGUCGCUGCAAAGCUUCAAAAAGAAGGCGAAGCCUCAGACGAAGCAGUUGCAGCUGCCGUUCCACUGGCAGGGCACAGGGCACGUGGUCCUCGAUGGAUUCCUGUACUACCACAAGGCAGAUACCCCCAACCAGAUCCUGAAGUUUGAUCUACUUAACAGCACAGUGGUGGACAGGACUUUCAUACCAGGGGCAGGCAAGCUCCCCACCUACAGUCUGAAUCUCAACACCUACAUGGACCUGGCAGUCGAUGAACUGGGCCUCUGGGUUAUUUAUGCUGAUCCUGACUAUGGAGGAAACCUGGUCAUCACCAAACUGGAUAAAGGAACUUUGGCAGUGGAGUAUACCUGGGAUACACAGUGUAAAAGUCGAGAUGCUGAAGGGGCGUUCUUGAUGUGCGGGACCCUUUAUGUGGUCUACAACACAGGCUAUGGAGGGCGCUCCACCAUACAGUGUCUGUAUGACAUUCAUGACACCAUCCACAGCAAUGAGAGUCCUGUGAUGUUCUUUCCAAAGCGCUACAGCAGCCACAGCAGCAUCCACUAUCACCCCGGAGACAAGCAGCUGUAUGCCUGGGACGAUGGCUACCAAACCAUUUACGAAGUGGAGACACGCAGGAGUUACUGAUUCCUCAGAGUGAUGCUUGACUUCUUUUUUACAUUUAUGGCUUCAAACAUCACAAAGAACUUUUCAUGGUGAGGCUGGAAAGGCUGCUUAUCCAGUCAUCUUGUCCUUGUGAUCAGUGCUGGCUUUGCUAAUGAGAUAGUUUCUUCCUCCUAAAGAAGAUCAGUCACUAAAGGUUUCUAAUGCAACUGUAACUUUUAUGGUUUUAUUAGUCAACAAUAAAGAUCUAUGCUUUUUUUCUUGGCAUCUUUAUGAAGUCUCCUUUUUGAGAGGAAAAAUGAAAUACACUCAAAUGUUUAUUUUCAGAGUCCAGGGUAAAUGUUCUGCUGGAUGUCACUUUGAAUUAAAUGAGUUGGUUGUUGAUCAACAACCAGAUACCAUACACCGCGGACACCACAGGAGGUCCCACACAGCUCAUCAAAAGUUCAAAAGUUGACCGUUUGAAGGAAAAUUGUUGGAUCCACAACUCCUCUGUAAAAUCACCAACCACUACCCCAAAAU